CGGCUUUCCCUCUCGUCCCGUUCGAACGAGGAAUCCGAGGCCCCAGCACGGCCGGCGAUGGCCGCGGCAAGGCCGCAGCACAGGGCGCCGCCGGGCCGUGUGCCCACGAGGUGGGCGGCGGCGCUCUGCACCGCCUGCUUCUUCCUCGGCGUCUUCGUCGUCAACCGGUAUUGGGCAGUUCCCGAACCACCCGAUUGCCCAAACAAGGCAAGUUCUGUUGCUCACUCGAGGGCCGUGCUGAACCAAGUGCCACAGACUAGCGAAGUCGUCAUCGCGUUGGACAGAACGAUUUCGGACAUCGAGAUGCGCCUGGCUGCCGCUAGAGCUGAGCAGAUGAGGAGCCAAGGCGCGUCGCCGGCGAGUGAUUCGGCGGUUGACCGGGGGAACACGGGGCACCGAAUGUUUUUCGUCAUGGGCAUCAUGACCACGUUUGAUAACCGCAACCGCAGAGACUCUCUCAGGCAGACGUGGAUGCCACAAGGCGUGCACCUGCAAAGGCUGGAGAAGGAGAAGGGCAUCGUCAUCCGUUUUGUUAUUGGGCGAAGUGCAAAUCCUAGCCCUGACAGCGAAGUGGAGCGUGCCAUAGAUGCAGAAGACAAAGAAUACAGUGACAUUCUGAGACUUAAUCACGUCGAAGGCUAUGGUGGGCUUCCUAUGAAGAUUCAGAUGUUUCUUGCAACUGCUCUGUCCACGUGGGAUGCUGAUUUCUAUAUCAAAGCUGAUGAUGAUGUUCAUGUAAACAUUGGCAUUACUGGAUCGAUUUUGGCACGGCAUAGAUCGAAACCUCGGGUGUACAUCGGCUGCAUGAAAUCCGGACCUGUUAUUGCUAACAAUGAAUCUAAGUAUUAUGAACCAGAUCAUUGGAAGUUUGGGACCGCCGGUAACAAUUACUUCCGGCAUGCAACACGGCAGCUGUAUGCUGUAACAAGGGAUUUGGCGACAUACAUAUCGGCAAACAGGCAUAUCUUGCACAAAUAUACAAAUGAAGAUGUAUCAUUUGGUUCUUGGUUGAUCGGUUUGGAUGUUGAGCAUGUUGAUGAAAGAAGCCUCUGUUGUGGUACACCCCCAGACUGCGAAUGGAAGGCGCAGGCCGGGAAUCCAUGCGCGGCGUCCUUCGACUGGAACUGCUCUGGCAUCUGCAAUCCGGCAGAGAGAAUGCAGGAGGUGCACCAGCGAUGCUGGGAACAUCGCGAGGCCGCUCUGCCGCAAGCGCAGUCUUGACAACCAAGGGGUGGUGGCACCGGCAUCCUUGCGUUGCUCCAUGUAAACUCGUGUAAAUUACUAGCAUUCCAUAGACGCAGACACAGCAGUUGUCGUGCCGUGGUCCAGGCUCUCGGAGCUGCAAAAUUUUGGAUUCCCAGGCCGCUCAUUGGCACAAAUCGGGGGAAAUUCAUUGGCACGUGACCACUCGACACGAAUCUGAACGGAACUACUGCAUAGUGAAGGUUUUAUAUCGUGUAAGAUAUGCGGUAUGUGAAAAUGAAUGCAGGAAAGCUCUGCAAAUUGUGUGGUCAGAAUAUUUGACUUGGAAACAGUAAGUGGCCUCUGAGGAAGUAUUA